AUGGAGAGCGUGGCCGCCGGAGGACUAAGGAAGGGAGCAUGGACUGAACAAGAGGAUAGGCUGCUGCGUCGAUGCAUUGAGGUUUACGGCGAAGGCAGAUGGCAUCAGGUUCCCGUUCGUGCAGGAUUGAACAGAUGUAGGAAAAGUUGUAGGCUGAGGUGGCUGAACUAUCUGACGCCAAACAUCAAGAGAGGAGAGUUCUCAGAUGAUGAGGUUGAUCUCAUUGUCAGGUUGCACAAGCUGUUGGGUAACAGAUGGUCGCUGAUUGCGGGGCGUCUGCCGGGAAGAACCGCCAACGACGUGAAGAACUACUGGAACACCGACCAGAAGAAAAAGACGGCGACGGCACCGUUCCCAUGCAAACUAGCCUAUCUUAGCGACAGCCGGCAACCGGCUGCCGGUGCCAAAAACAAUAUCUCACGACCCCAGAGAACGAAAGCCAACAUUAUCAAGCCGCGACCUCGGACCUUCUCAUCCAAAACCAAAAGCCUCUCCUGGCCCAUGAAGCCUAUCGAGCCCAACAAUCCCGCUACAUCAAAUAAGCCCAAAAAUAUUAUUAAUCUUCAUCAUAAGUUGCCGACAAGUCAGCAAGAUGAUCGCCGUCGUUGUCAGGAGAAUCAUGACGGCGCCGAAAUCACGUGGAUGGACCAGCUAGAGAGAUUCCUCGACGAUGGCAUUAAUAAUAAUCUACCAGUGGCGGUGGACCACGAAGCUGAUCAGUUUCCUCUCGGCCAAUUAAUGUCGUCCAUAAUGCCAGAUCAUCAAGAGAAGAGUGUUGAUAAUAUGAUGAUGUUCCAGGAAGACAACUACCAAAGUUUCUGGAGUGAUCUGGACAUUUGCCAUCUUCUCAGUGAUCGUCAUGACAUUUAA